CACUUCGAAGGCAAGAAAAUAAAGAUUAUUACGAUAUUCUUGGUAUAUCAAAAAAUGCUUCCCAAUCUGAUAUAAAAAAGGCCUAUUAUUCUCUUGCAAAAAAAUAUCAUCCUGAUACAAAUAAAGAACCUAUUGCGAAAGAAAAGUUUGUACAAAUUCAGGAAGCAUAUGAUACAUUAGGUGAUGAGGAAAAGCGUGCAGAGUAUGACAAAUGGGGGGGUUCAUUCAAAGGUGCGAAUUUUAAUGGAUUCGCUGGAGACUUUAGGUUUGGAAAUCCAAUGCAUAUUUUCGACCAUAUUUUUGGAGGGGGUGCUGCGUGGUCAGCUAGGGAACCAUUUGCUCAAGGAACAGACAUUGAGGUGGCUUUAAAUAUUCCAUUCAUGGAUGCUGCAAAAGGUGCUACGAAAAGUAUUUUUUAUGAGGCUGUUUCUACAUGUAAAUCUUGUCAAGGUCGUGGGGCUAAAUCUGGAAAAAAGCGAGAUGUUUGUCACUCAUGUAAAGGUACAGGUGUACGGUCUUUAUCUGUUGCAUCAGGUUUUCGUAUGCAAGUUACAUGUGAUGAAUGUGGUGGUAAAGGAACAAGAAUAUUACCUGAAAACAGAUGCCCUACCUGUGGAGGUAAAGGGCAAGUAAAGGAGCGAAAAACAGAAUCAGUUGAUAUUCCAGCUGGUGCGGAAGACGGAAUGAGAAUACGAAUCCCAAAAAAGGGGGAUGCUCCAUUUGGAAGUGAAGGCCUACCUGGCGACUUAAUUGUUCAUCUACGUGUGACACCCCAUAAGACAUUUAAACAACAAAGUUCCAAUAUUUUUGUUGAAGCACAGGUCCCAUUUCAUACGGCUAUAUUGGGUGGCUCUAUUCGAGUACCUACAAUAGAUGGAGAUGUAGAAUUAAAUGUCCCGUCUGGCUCGCAACCGAAUCAACAAAUGGUUAUGAAAGCACGAGGACUUCGAAAAAUUGGAUCUAACUAUCGUGGUGAUCAAAUCGUGGUAUUAAAAGUACCACUACCAAAGAGUUUAACUCCUAGACAACGUGAAUUGAUUGAAGAAUUUGCCAAAAUUGGAUCGUCUUCAAAAUAA